AUGUCCGCCGCUGCCCACCCUAACGGCCAUGGCAACGCACAUCUUCCUCUGGCCAGCCAGGCCACUGCACUCGCUCCUGCUUACCAAAGCAUGUCUGAAGAGAUUUAUCAAGAGGUCUGCAGGAGCAUGAUGGCCUCAUUAGACCGUGUCCGCCAAGAGGACAUGCGCAACUUCCGAGAUCUCCAUGCCGCCCACAAAGCUGCCCUUGAACAGGAACAGAUGGACUACACCCAACAGUUCUUCCAGCUUCAGAAAGAAAUGACGGCCCUCACCAAAGAAGGAGCGGCCGCCGAUGCCGACAUCUCGAAGCUAGAGGAACUUCUUUUGCAAGCCCGGAAUAAGAGGCAAGAGGUGGCGAGCAAGAUCUCAUUCACCCAGAAAAAGGUUACCGAUGUCCAGUCCUUGCAACACCGCAAACACGCUGAGCUUCAGGCACUCGCCAAGAAGCACGAGCAGGAUCUAAAAGAUAAGGAGAUGAGGUGGCAGCAGAUUCACCAAGACCGGCUGACUCUACUAGAAAGCAAAAAACCUUCCUCCCUUCGACAAGCCCAAGAUCAAAAUUUGACAGGGCUAGACCAGGCCAUGGCUGAUGAUGCCGCGACUGCCUCAUCGCCCAUGCAAAGUUUGAGGGCACCACAGCUCGCCCCUGGGGUUUCACAUCAAUCCACGGGAUCAGGGGGCAUGUUCAUGGGCGGGCCUGUUCAGCCUCCAUCUCUCAAAGCGCCCACAGAUAAUGGUCCUCUUGAGCCACCGGGUCUCUCAGUCUCUAAAAGGAUAGGCGCUCAAGUGUUAGAGGCGCCAACACUUCCAAGGAACCACGACGCCGAGGAGCAGCGUCUCGAAGGCGCUUCCCGCCCUGCGGCAAGUCAAAAAACCCAAAUCCUUCAGGCACCAACAGGCUACCAGGCGCCAUUUACUCAACCUCAACAUUUUCCACCGCCAAACCCGAACGCUUCUUCGGGUGCGCUCGUCUCCGUCUCCCCAACUGUUGUCCCGAGCGUUGAGACCCCCGAUCAACAGACAGAGCCAACUGUGUCCGAGAUGCAGAAUGUAACAAGUACAGAAUCACUUAAUGUACGAGUACCGGAAGAGCAAGCCACACCAGUCACCGUUGCUGCCCUCAACGGAGCAACCGAUAUUCCGACCCUUUUGCAAACCUCCGAAGAGGGUCCCGAGGCAGACGUCUCAUCCAAAGAGGGGACAGAGGGCAAAGCUGUCGAUCUGGGAGUACCUGCCCCGGCGGAGGUUUUCUCCGCACAUACGGAAGGCUGGGACGUCGAAAUGAGAGAUGCUGCCCCCCCUCAGGCUGCCACCGAGACGACUACAGUUCUAGGCCAAGAGAAUGCCGGACCUACCAUCUUCAAAUCUCCCGAUCAAGUGGAGACUCGAGAGGCAGCAUCUCAAAGAGCAGACGUGGAAAUGUCAGGCAUUCAGAUCACAGCGAAGCAGUCCGAGGUGUCACCGCCUACACAGAUAAUGGAUGCUACGGCCUCCAAACUUGGUACUGACUCGGCGAAUGUCGAUAAUGGGUCUCCGGCUCUAGCAGAUACUGCUGAUUCGCCCCUUUCUGAUCUUAGUUCGAUCCCAUCACCGCCAUCCGACACAUUUACACACGAAGGUAGCCCACCUAGACAGCCGCCUAGUGUGUCGGAUGACAAGCUGUGCGUUUAUGAUGAGGACGGCAGACUGGUGGGACAAGUACGUCGUCUGACCCACACCACCUCUUCCAACAUCGAAAAGAUAGCGGCAUUUCCGCUCAAGCGCCAUGUUCAAAUUCGUUCCGGCCGCAAGUUUACCUCGGAGGAUUUGGAUAGGGUAUACCACGUCAGUGAUGUUAAAGGGACAAAAUGGACGAGUUGUUAUAUCCAAGCCACUGGGAAUAUUCAAAGUCAACCCUGCAAUACCUGCGCGAAGCACAAUGGACCGUAUGAAGAGUGCAUCAUUUUGGAUGCUGACGAUAGCUUUCCAAAAUGUGGCAACUGCGAGUGGAAUCGGCAAGCCUGCGUGGGUGCCUCUUUGCGGCCCAAAACAGCGUCGGCCCCAGGCCCUGCUCCGGACCUGAUUGCGGCUGCGGCUUCGGCUCCGGCUUCAGCUCUAGAACCAACACCGGCAACAAUAUCAACUGCCAUCAGCAAACCCUCCUUCGGUUCCAGUUUCACCGCUAUAAACAGCCCAUCAGGGGACCAGCAAGACAGCGCUUCUGCCAAGGAUACAGCCGAUGCCGCCCAAAAUCAAGCCGCGCCUCCCGUCAAGAAGGCCGGCCGAAAAUCAUUGCCCACCUCACGUGUACAGUUGCCCUCUCAUCCAGGUACCCCACAUGCAGGCUCGCCUGAACCGGCUGAACCAAGUCGUGCGUCCCUUCCAGAGAUCACCAAGGAAAACCUUUGUCUGAAAGAUGACGGCGUGGUGUACACGGAGCCUCCGUUUAUGGCUGGUGUGCCACUGGCCAAAAUAUCUCCCGAUCAUCCGUAUUGGGAGCAAGACUGGGAUUCGGAUAUUGCCUCUCACGUUCGAAAGGAGCUUGAAAAGUGGACCACCAAAUUUCAGGAGAUGGACAGUCAGGGAAUCAAGGACCACCGGAAAUAUGAAGCUCAGCGACAGAUCAAUAGGGGCCAACUGACACUCAAGUUUCUAGAGGAGGGCGAACUACAUCCCUACCAGCUUGUUGGAAAGGCGUGGAUGGACACCAAAAAGAUUAUCAAGUACAACACUCUAUACCGCCUGGCGAGCACUUUGAUGGAGGACCUCCCCAAAAUGGACCUUGGCAUGACACCGGCUGAAUGGAUGCGUCACAGGCUUUACGAGAUUUAUCGGGAGCAGGGCCCCCAUUUCAACUUGGCUUCGACAGUAGCUAGUUUCUACCACGACCCCAAGCACGCCCAGGUCCGGGCCAAGAAUGGAAUUGUCAGUGUUGGUCGCCCGCACAAGUCAGCAACCAAGCCUAAAACUCAGACUCCUGGGCAGGAGGACAACGGUUCGAAACUUACGCCAAGGGCGUUGAAGCGGAAGGAACCACACGCAACGCCCAAGGCAGCGCCAAUCCCGCCCAAACAGGAGGAUGCAGAACCUGAACCUGAACCGCAGCAACUUCAGCCGCAGCAGCCGGAGCCUCGCCCACGUUCAUCCCCUCGAAAGCCAGCAGGACUUGAUCACAAACCAAGGCCACGUUCGCGAUCUGGGAACCCCCCUUCUGCUCCUAUAGCCGACUCGGACGACGAGGGCAUGCCUCUGAUCCGGGCAGCCAAUGCCACCCCCCCGCCGCCGCAGGCAAAGAAAAAGAUCCGCGUUACGUCCACUGUAGAUCCAAGCAACACGCCGGACCUCUACUACCACGGAUUCACCGAUGUAGACUCUUGUUCCGAUGACCGGCUCGAGCAGAUUGACUGGCGGGUGAAUCAAAUCAAGACGGCCGAGGUAUCGACGAAUCCGGGGGUGACUCAAUACUGGCACUGGGUGGACGACGCGCACCCCGGCUACUGCGAACACCAAGUGCUCAAACAGCUCCGCCCCCCCAAGUGGGCCGUGUUCAAGGAGCCGUACAACUUCCAUCUCCGGACUGUGGACUGCGAGGAGAUUGUCUACGGCCCAGGCAGCCACAGGGUGAUCAUUCGGCGCAAGGCGCAUCUGCAACCCAAAAAGGGAGACAUGCUCGCCGAGUUCAAGCGUGAUCGGACAAAGAAGAGAUUUUUGGAGUUUAUGCACCAGAGGGGGGUGAGGAUCGUGAGGAGUAAUAAGGAAUAUGUCGACGGUGCGUGGGAGAACUUGAAGCCAGCCUUUGACAUGCCCGGCCAAGACCGCGAUUCGGACUAGCAUUCUCACUGGUGGACGAGUCUCUUCAUACCAUGUUCCCAGCACAUUUGUGAGGGAGUCUGGCUUCUCCUUUUGAAAGCCCCAGAUCUGCAGGACAAGUUGUACCACAGAGCUGCUGCCUGUGAGACAAGCUGGUUCGCCAGAGGGGACCAACAAAAACGUGUUUGAGUUUACCGAGCAGAGUGAGGGGUUGUGGGGUACAACUAAGUUGCCUACUGGCAACGUUUCCUUGGUUUGCUUUCUGUUUGCUCUUUGCAAUGUUGGCCCGUUUCGUUUCUUUGCGUAUAUAAGCUGUAGCAAGCUUCGGGAAUCGCGAGGCGCCGUUUCUUUUGUUGGAGUGGACUGUGGAAGGAAAGAGGUGCGACUAGCAACAAAAAGUGGGAACUGCUGUAGGGAGUCUGUGGUGGUAUAGGUUUCGAAUACUUGUACAAUACAACGGGAAUGAGUGCGGAAAUUGGGAGAGCAAAUGCGGAUCCGAUGGUUUUGGAAGUUUUAUCUUUAAUGAAGUUGGUAGUGCUACUUUCUAGAGCGGCUUUAAUGUAGUUGCUUGUGAGUCAUCUGGCAUCUAUUGACACGACCAUGAUUGUUGACCUGAAUAA